UUCGAUCCACGAGUUGGUAGAUGGGAGGAGAUUUGUCCAAUGUCAACACGCCGACGUCGUCAUGGAUCUGCAGUGCUCUAUAAUGAAUUGUAUGCAGUGGGGGGAUCCAACGGAGAUUCGUGCAGACUGAGGUCUGCUGAGAAGUACGAUCCCCGAACUAACAAUUGUUUUCAGCUAGGACUGGCUGCAGUCAAUGGAAAACUGUAUGUUAUUGGUGGCUAUGAUCUUUCUUCGAUUGAAGUUUUCGAUCCUUGGACGAACCUAUGGAAACACCACAGUAACAUGAACUACAAGUCAGUUGAUGUCCAUGAUUAUUUGCUCAUUUUUAAGGCUUUCCUCGUCAAUACAAGCUCUUUUAGACAUAAUUUUCCCGGAGUGGCUGUACUACAAAAGCCAUAUGAAUCAAAAAGCAAUAGCGGACAACUGUUUAGCUGCUUUCAUAGUCCGCCGGCCGGCCGGCGUGCCGGCGUGGAGGCAGUGCUAGCGGGGAGGAGGGAGGGGUUGAAAACCUCAGUUUCGCGAGUUGCGACGGCAAUGGUAUCGUUGUUGCCGUCGCGACUCGCGCAUAGUGCAUCAGAUUUGAUUCUGAAUGGUCAAGGCGUUUGA